CCAGUUUUAAGCGACUUUCCGUCGACUUUAACCCCAUUCAAGUUUCUUGAGUCGUAGGGGGACUCUUCAUUAAUACCCUGGCCUUGUUAACUCCGGGUUGGUCCGAGCGGGACCGUGAAAGCCUCCGCGGGGCUCCGUGGAACUGCCCCGAGCCGCGUGCGCUCAUGGAGGGAGACAUCAUGGACAAACUCGAGGACAUGGCUUCGGUCUACGAGUUCGACCCGCUGACGGGGAACAUCCCCGCCACCAAAGUGGAGAUCACAGUUUCGUGCAGGAAUCUUUUAGACAGAGACACGUUCUCCAAAUCUGAUCCAUUGUGCGUCAUGUACACUCAGGGUGUGGAGACCAAGCAGUGGAGAGAGUUUGGAAGAACGGAGGUGAUUGACAACACGCUAAAUCCGGACUUUGUCAGGAAGUACAUCUUGGACUACUUCUUUGAGGAGAAGCAGAACCUGCGCUUUGAUUUAUAUGAUGUUGACUCUAAAAGUCCUGAUCUUUCCAAACACGACUUUCUUGGUCAGAUGUUCUGCACACUGGGUGAAAUUGUGGGGUCGCCGGCCAGCCGACUAGAGAAACCUCUUGGGGGCAUACCGGGGAAGAACUGCGGCACUAUCAUCUUAUCUGCUGAGGAACUGGGGAACUGCAGGGACAGCGCAACCAUGCAGUUCUGUGCCAACAAAUUGGACAAGAAGGACUUUUUCGGGAAAUCUGAUCCCUUCAUGGUCUUUUACAGAAGCAACGAAGAUGGCACCUUUACGAUCUGCCAUAAGACUGAGGUGGUGAAGAACACCCUCAACCCAGUUUGGCAGCCGUUCACCAUUCCAGUCAGAGCUCUCUGUAAUGGAGACUAUGACAGAACAAUCAAAGUGGAAGUGUAUGACUGGGACCGUGACGGCAGCCACGAUUUCAUCGGUGAAUUCACCACCAGCUACAGAGAGUUAGCCCGAGGUCAGAGCCAGUUCAACAUUUAUGAGGUGGUGAAUCCAAAGAAGAAGAUGAAGAAGAAGAAAUAUGUAAAUUCAGGAACGGUGACACUGCUGUCAUUCUCGGUGGAAUCAGAGUCGACUUUCCUCGAUUACAUCAAAGGAGGGACCCAAAUCAAUUUUACUGUGGCCAUUGAUUUCACCGCCUCUAACGGAAACCCAUCCCAGUCCACGUCUCUCCAUUACAUGAACCCCUACCAGAUGAACGCCUACGCCCUGGCACUGAAGGCUGUGGGGGAAAUCAUCCAGGACUAUGACAGUGACAAGAUGUUCCCUGCACUGGGAUUUGGAGCCAAGCUGCCCCCCGAUGGACACGUGUCUCAUGAGUUCCCCCUAAAUGGCAAUAUUGAAAAUCCCUACUGUAAUGGUAUUGAGGGGAUAUUAGAGGCAUACCAUCAGAGUCUAAAGACCGUCCAACUAUACGGACCUACUAACUUUGCACCUGUUGUAAAUCAUGUGGCCAGAUACGCAGCUGCUGUCCAGGAUGGCUCGCAGUAUUUUGUGCUCCUCAUCAUCACAGAUGGCGUUAUAUCAGAUAUGUCACAGACCAAAGAGGCCAUCGUGAAUGCUGCCAAGCUUCCCAUGUCCAUCAUUAUUGUUGGAGUUGGACAGGCUGAAUUUGAUGCUAUGGUUGAGUUGGAUGGUGAUGACAUCAGGAUUUCCUCAAGAGGAAAAUUAGCAGAGCGAGACAUUGUCCAGUUUGUGCCAUUCCGGGAUUACAUGGACCGGACAGGGAACCACGUGUUGAGUAUGGCACGACUGGCCAAAGACGUUCUGGCUGAGAUUCCCGACCAGUUCAUUUCUUACAUGAAGAGCCGGGGAAUCAAACCCAAUCCAGCGCCACCUCCGUACACACCGCCAGGACACACACACCACACACAGAUCUGAGCACACGCUCCCAAACCUGCUUUAACACAACAGGUCCUCUCCCUGGAGUCAUGGGGUAACAGUACCGGAGCUUUUAGGGUAUAGCUCCCAGUGUCACCAUGUGUUUGAACUCUCCAAGAGACUUUGAGGUACAGUGGUGUUUCUGUUUGUGCCAUUUACAUUUUCUGCCCAAUUGUUUUUGUCCUCAGAAGGACAGUGUGAUCCAAGAAUCUGACCCAAGGGCAGCUUUUUUUGUUUGUU